AUGCCCACUUAUAUUUGGAAAGAAAUGGAAAAGAGGUUCAUGGGUAGUGAAGAGCUUGAUUCAAAUUUGUUCGUGAGCAACUCGUUGAUUACCUUCUAUUCCAAAUCCCAAAGGCUAAGUGAUGUGGCAAGAAAACAUUUCGAUAGAAUCAAACAAAAAGAUUUGGUGUCUUGGAAUUCGAUUCUUUCUAUGUCUGCUAUGAAAGGCUGUCGUGAUGAUGUCAUAAAAUUCCUUUAUGAAAUGGAGUUACAAGGUGUUUCACCAGAUAUUAUCACAUGGAACGGAAUAAUCACAAGCUUACUCAAUAUGGUAAUACUAAAACAGCUCUAG